GCUCCCAGAAUACCUGGUCGAGUCCCUCUGUGCUGUGCUUCGUUGGCCGAGGCUUGUAGCCGCUUCCUGCUUCGCAGCCUACCUGGCGCGAUGCUUGCGUUACUUGCACAAGGUGAAGCGACUCCCACGACAUCCAGCCCAACAGUCCUUUUUCUUCUGGGGAGAUCUCGGGCACGUGAUUCACGUCCUACCCAAAAUCCCGAAGACCGGCCGCCCAGAUCUGCUUACUUUCUACCAGGAAGGUGCUGAACAAACUCGGAGGGAGGGCCUAAUGGCAAUGAUGCUCUUCAAUUGGUGGGUACCGUUUGCGACGAGCCUUGUUGUCGUCCAUGACAUCAAGCUGGUCAGGAGCAUCCUAGACAAGAGCAACUACGGCCUCUACCGCAAGGGCCGAAGCUAUCGGGUCACCCAGGAUCUCAUUGGCACGCGAGGACUGGCGAUGGCAGCGGAGGCGGAUUUGGCCAUUCUGGGCUGGGAUUAUAAAGGUAGCUGCAAGAGGCUUGUGGCAGACUGCAGUGCCUCGUGGGAGCAACGUGCUCUGGAAGCAGGUGGUGCACGUCCCCAGGUAGACUUCUCCACUGAGUCGGCGCGGCUGACGCUUUCCGCUCUUGGGGCUUUUGCCUUCGGGGCAUGCCAUCGCAACAGCGACAGCAUCCUGGCCCUGGUGAGCAAGGUUUGCUCCAAGAUGAGCCUCGCCGAUGUGGCCUCGGAAUGUGAGCAGGUCCGUGAGGUCCUGAAGGACACAAACACUAUGUUCGCCACUUUGCACGACGCCUCCACGGCGGACUUGUCACAAGUCCUGGGAGACGUGAAGAAGUAUGCGUCAGAGGUGGUGGUUCAGGACACGGGAUGCUCCCUUGGAAUUCAUCUCACGUGCACUGAAACCUGUGCUGAUGCCUUCUGGUGUUCUUGCCAGGAGUCUCGUGAGAUGCAGUCCACGGUCACUCAGAAGUCGGAUGCCUUGGUGCAGGAUGUCAACGAGCGCUUCAAGAAGUUGGAGGCGCGUGUCCUCUCGGAGCUUGGAGGCGAGGACAAAGGGAGCCAGGCCAAGGGAGACAGCCAGCUGCUCAAGAAGAUGACCAACCGCAUGAGCGACUUCGAAUCUCAAGUCUCAGCGCAAAUCCAGCAGCUCACGCAGGAUGUUGAGAAGAAGGUGUCCUUCUUGGGCUCCCAGAGAGCUGGUGCAGCAGGUGCAGAUGGCUCGAGCCCUCCUGGUGUGGAAAGCCUGUCACACGACCUGGACUCCGUGAAGUAUGACAUGGGGGAGCUUAAGGACAUGCUGAAUGCAUCGAAGACCGACACUGCCCAGGUGAAGCGCAUCGUGCUUGCCUGUGAGCGGGACAUGGAGGAUUUCACGGCUGCCAUGGAUGCCGUGAAUGUCGAUCUGGACGAGAUGAGGGCCCGUGUGGAUUCCACCCACUCCAUCAUCACAUCGCGCCAGCGCGUGGAAGCCACCGUCACAGCGGAGAUCUCCACUAUGCGUUUGGAUAUGGGGGACAUGCAAGAGGCCCUGAAAGCUCAUGAUGCUUGGAUGGAGGAUGUGUCGCAAAGCUUGCAGGAGGUGCACGAGCGCUGCCAGCAGUUGUCCGAAGACAUAGGGGAGCACGCGCAGAGCACGCAAGCAAAGUUGGAUGCUAAGACGGAUAUCACGGCCUGGAACGAUAUGAACGACGACAUCGAUGCCUCCAUCAAGACGGUCCGUGACAUGGCUUCGGCCCUGCGCCUGGAAGUGGACAGCCGCCGGCGCAAGGUCGACGAGGAUCUGGGCAGCUUGCGGGAGAACCUCAAGACCUUGGCCGAGAAGGUAGACACCAACGCGGCCAAUAUCCAACGCUACGUGGAUGACUCCAACUCGGUUGUGUCCCAACGCCUCGAUGAGCGCCACCAGCAUUGCAAGGACUUGGAGACCACAUUAGGUCGCCACAGCGACACGCACCAGCAGAUUCAUUCGAAAAUAGAUACCCACCGCGAGGAGAUCGACAACAGGACAGCACAGCUGGAGGCUCACCUGCAGAAGCAGGACGAAGAUCUUCACAAGGAGGUGAACGACCGCAUUGACGGCGUGGAGCGUCACCACUCCAAUAUCUCCAAGGAAACUUCGAAGCGUCUCAAUGCCUUGGAUCUUCGCAUCGCAGGGCUACAAGGUGCCAGUGGCGAAUCUAAGCGUGACAUCGGGAAGCUGCGUGACGAGGUUAACAACUUGACCGUAAAGAGCGCUGCACAUGACGUUGACAUUGGCAAAAACAGCGAUGAUCUUCGGAAGCUGGAGCGUCAACGCGUCGAGGACAACCAGCGCCACAAGCAAGAUGUGGACGGCAUCUACGAGGAGCUGGACCAGAAGGUGUAUGAGAAGAACUUCCAGAGCCUGGAGGAGAAUGUCACCAAGCUCACGCGGGGUACGGUAAAGCUCUGUCAGGUUGUGGGAGUCUUCCCAGGGGCGCGGAUGAACGAUGGCACGGAGGAAGAACUGGAUGUUGAUGUGGAGCUCUUGAAUUGGGAGGACUGUGCUCAGAACUUGGUGAGUCGGGUUGACAAGACUUGGCGUCAGAUCUCUUCGCAGAAGUAUCGCAGCAUUUUGGACCUCCUCGGCAAGAAGGCUGACCAUUCCGUACUUCGCCUGCUGCAGAUCUCCCAGCAGCACAUUGAAAGCCAGCUGGAUCGUGUUCGCCAUGAGCGCGAGCUCUGGAAGGAGGUUGUGGACAAGCGUGCGCAGCAGCCCUUGCAGCUAGCGCUGACCUUGAAGGAUCCCCACACAGGCCAGCCUCUUCCGGGACCACCAGGCUAUGGUCUGCCGGGCCUGGAUGGAAACCCCAUGGGAGGGCCCCUUUCUGCACGCGGGCUGCCGGGUGGGAUGGCAGCCGACCCCAUGCAGCUAGGACCGGCAGGCCAGGGUAUGGGCCCAGACCAGCCAAAAGCAUCGCCCUUGGCCAAGCGCAUUGCGCGGCCACCGCAAGGGCCACCCGCGCCCAAGGCCUCUACGUGA